ACGUAUGACUAGUUCCUUCCAGUGUCCAUGCCUGAACCAUACACACAUGGGCUAAUAGCAGGACACCUAUUUACUCAAAAUGCGUAUUGAAAAAGUGUUACUUUUGCUCCGGGGCCGAUCUAUCCUGGUCAUGGAAUGAUGUUUGUUCGCAACGACUGCAAGGUAUUUAGAUUUUGCAAAUCAAAAUGUCACAAAAACUUCAAGAAGAAGCGAAAUCCAAGGAAGACCAGAUGGACAAAAGCAUUUAGAAAAGCUGCUGGCAAGGAACUGACAGUGGAUAACUCGCUGGAGUUUGAGAAGCGCAGAAAUAUUCCAGUCAAAUACAAGAGGGAUCUAUGGAAUAAGACAGUGGAGACCAUGAAGAAGGUAGAGGCGAUAAAACACAAGCGACAGGCUCAAUUUAUCAUGAACAGACUGAAGAAGGGCAAAGAGCUGGAGAAGGCAGAAGCUGUCAACGAAGUCAAGAAAAACAUCCACCUCAUCAAAGCACCACAUGCGAGACAAGCCAAACAGCUGGAGGAGAAGAUGGUGCAGAAACUGGCAGAUGAUGUAGAAAUGAAAGAUUGAGUUUUGUAUAUUUCAUUGCCCAAAUGAGCUUUUCUCUAAAUGAACUCUCAAGAACAUAUCUUUUAAAUGCAGGUCCUAAAAACCACUCUUCUGAAAAGAGAAUAUUGUUUUACAUUUAACCAUCAAGAAUGGUCCCUUCUCAAAACAGAACUCCUCUUUCCCAAAGUGUAUUCAUGUGCUGUUUCUUGGCAUCCAGGCAAGGUAAAAACACUAUUUGUUGACAGAUUGGGGUUCAACUGUUGACCCAGAUCCAGUUUCCUAAGAUUCAGUAUGCUUUUACCUAAACAGUGUGUACAACAAUAAAUGGAACUGAAUGUUUCAUUUUCACUAAAUGGCAACAUUAGCUCUCAGUCAGUCACUCAUUCAAGUUGGCUCACUUAUCCCUUUAAAGAUGGAUACAUUACCCCUCAUAAAAAAAAUAAAAAAAAAUAAAAAAUUUUUAAAAAAGGUU